AUGGAACCAGCUAUCGUAACCGCCGCCGCUUACGGUGUCGAAACAGCAGUUGAGGGAGGAGUCGCCGCAUAUUAUCUGUCGAAAUCAACACUGCCCUUAAAAGGACAUCUCGAACAUGUGACGACCACCGAUAGAUUACCGCGAUUUGGACAUACAUUGUCGGUGAUUAGUGAUAGGGCAUAUGUUUUUGGGGGUUCUGAGGAUCCGAAUUCUCAAUCUUUGACGAACGAUGUUCUUGAGCUUCACGUCUCAACUGAGGAGAAUACCACGACUGCGGUUUUGCGAUCGAUACCAGCAGUCGGAGAUGGAGAAAAGAAUACAGUAUCUGUACCUUUAGCUCGCACGUUUCAUUCAGCGACUGUUGCUCGAAGUCUUUUUUUCGUUUUUGGCGGGAGUGAAAAUCCUUCUGAUAAUUCGAAGCCUUUGGAAGAGAAUGGUCGAUUGUGGGUAUUCGACCCAUUGUCAUCAAGAUGGACAUUCCUGGAUCCUCCCCCAGACACCACAUUUCCAUUUUCGCGGACGAAACAUGUCAGUACAUCCAGUCCUGAUGGCUCUGUCAUUUUCGUCUAUGGAGGAUUAUCAUCUGAUCAAGUGCGAUUGAAUGAUCUAUGGGCAUUUUAUUUGGACGAGGGAAAGUGGAGCAGACUGCCAGAUCCUCCAGGGUCACCGACAUCUGGAAUCAAUCUCACGUGCGGACGAGGAAAGUUAUGGAGAUUGGGAUACAGUGAAGAUUUGGAGAAAUCUAUAGACGCGAUGCCUCGUGGUCAAAUCGACUUCUUGGAAUAUCCUACCGGUAGAACUCUGGAUGAUGUGAGUAAGGAUUUGGCGCAAGGUCAUGUGAAUGAUUUUAAGAAGGAUAGUCAAUGGGAGACUUUAGACUUCGACAUGAGUAAACCAUCUGAGGUUCCAUCACCUCGCGAUUCUGCCGCUUUGCAUUUCAUCACCACGGGAAAUGGUAGGGAUUACUUAUUAUUAGCUUUGGGCUCCGAUGAUAAGGAACAAUUCUCAGACAUCUGGAUCUAUCAACUUCCACCCGCGCAAUAUUCCGGCGCAAAGGUGAAAGACGUCGUACGAGAAAAGCUGCCUGGUGUGGAUAGCCAUAGAGGCGACUGGUCUCGUCUGCAAAUCAGCGGAAUAGAAGUGGGAGCGGAUGAAGAGAAAGGCGGAGCGUGGACUAGCAGACGAUAUUUUGGUAGCUCGAUGACGGGCUCGAAACAACUUAUGCUUUGGGGGGGACUUGGACCGAGGAAUGAGACGCUUGGGGAUGGGUGGAGGAUUAUUAUUGGUUAG